GCCGCCCUCAUCCAAUGAGCGGCGCUGUUGCUGGCAGGUGCGGAGUGUUUUUGUUUUGGGUUGAAGAAGACGACGACGACGACGGCAAAGAGGAAGAAGUAGUUGUAGUGGCUGCUGCUCCUGCUGCGGAGGGAGGCCAGGCUGUGUCCUUCCAUUGCCCACCUUGCUCUCUUCGGAGUCUCGAGGGAAAGGAGGGAGCUCCAAGUCCCCUCCGCCUUACCCCACCCUUCUUCCCGGCGGCCUUUCUCUCUCUCUGAUACGGGCGACGGUCCUGCUCCCCUUCCAGCGCCACCUUCCUCCUUCUCCUUCCUCCGCUGCUCUUCUGCUGAGGCCAAAGGAAAGGGAGGAGGACGAGGCCGGGCCGCAGUCGCUCCCAUCGUCGCCGCUGAGGAGGAGGAGGUGGGGGGCCAGGCCCUCCUCGGCCUGGCCCGGCUCGGCUGGGCCUGGCCCGGCCUCCUCACCCGAGCCGACCCCUGCCGGGCCUACACCAUGAGGAGGGAAAUGAACGGGGUCACUAAGAGCCGGUUUGAGAUGUUCUCAAACAAUGAUGAGGCUGCAAUCAACAAAAAGCUUCCCAAGGAACUGCUGCUUCGAAUAUUCUCCUUUCUGGAUGUGGUCACGCUAUGCCGUUGUGCUCAGGUCUCCAGGGUAAGAAUGUUUGCAUUCGAGUACUGGCAUGGAAUGUCCUGGCCCUCGAUGGCAGCAACUGGCAACGCAUUGACCUGUUUGAUUUCCAGAGAGACAUUGAGGGACGCGUAGUGGAGAAUAUUUCUAAAAGAUGUGGAGGUUUUUUACGAAAGCUCAGCCUACGUGGAUGCCUAGGUGUAGGAGACAACGCGUUAAGGACGUUUGCACAGAACUGCAAAAAUAUUGAAGUUUUGAAUCUGAAUGGCUGCACCAAGAUUACAGAUGCUACAUGUACUAGCCUUAGCAAGUUUUGCUCCAAACUCCGGCAUCUUGAUCUAGCUUCCUGCACCUCAAUAACCAACCUGUCCCUCAAAGCACUGAGUGAGGGCUGUCCUCUACUAGAACAGCUCAAUAUCUCCUGGUGUGACCAAGUGACAAAAGAUGGCAUCCAGGCUUUAGUGAGAGGCUGCGGUGGACUCAAAGCUCUGUUUCUUAAGGGCUGUACACAGCUGGAAGAUGAAGCCCUUAAAUAUAUUGGAGCACACUGUCCUGAACUGGUAACUUUAAAUUUGCAAACCUGCUUGCAAAUAACAGAUGAUGGGCUCAUUACAAUAUGUAGAGGAUGCCACAAGUUACAAUCUCUAUGUGCCUCUGGCUGUUCCAACAUCACUGAUGCCAUCUUGAAUGCCUUAGGGCAAAACUGCCCAAGGCUUAGAAUAUUGGAAGUGGCUCGGUGUUCCCAACUCACAGAUGUGGGCUUUACCACUCUGGCUCGGAAUUGUCAUGAGCUAGAAAAAAUGGACCUGGAGGAGUGUGUUCAGAUAACAGACAGCACUUUAAUCCAGCUCUCCAUACACUGUCCACGGCUCCAAGUUUUGAGUUUAUCACACUGUGAGCUCAUCACUGAUGAUGGUAUUCGCCAUCUGGGCAAUGGCGCCUGUGCUCACGAUCGCCUGGAGGUUAUCGAGCUGGACAACUGCCCUUUGAUUACAGACGCCUCCUUGGAACACCUCAAAAGCUGCCAUAGUCUGGAAAGGAUAGAGUUGUACGACUGUCAACAGAUUACACGGGCUGGAAUCAAGAGACUCAGGACCCACUUACCCAAUAUUAAAGUUCACGCCUACUUCGCGCCCGUGACCCCCCCACCCUCAGUGGGGGGCAGCAGACAGCGCUUCUGCAGAUGUUGCAUCAUCCUAUGACGCGGGAGCCGAUCUAUCUUGCGCAAAAAACUGAGUAUUUAAAUUACCCUUCUAGAAGUAACCGUGGACACCAGUAUCUCCAUGAAAAGUGAUGCCGGUGGUCUUUUCGUGAAGGCCUUUUGAAAGAAGGCAAAGCAGUGGGAACUGAAUGCUGAACUCUGUUCCCCCUUUUUGCCCCAUAGCCACACAUGAAAACACACACGUCAUAGUGUACACACAUACCCACACACACACCUACUUAGUCCAGCAAACUGAAGGACUCUGGAGCUGGAUCAGUGGGAUCUUUCUCCUUUUUUCCUUGUAGGUGGAUGGUAUAAUGAUGAACCAUUCCUACUGGGCAUGCUCAGACAAAAAUCAUGGGGAGGUGGGAGGGAGAGACAGUUGGGAGGGGAUCAUCACACACCUCUGAAGAACUGCUGUUCCUUGGAAGCGAGAGGAAAAAGAUCAUUCUUUUGACGUUGAAAUCAGCAAGACGGACAAACCCUUCAGUGCAAGUCUGGGGAGUGGGAUAAUAACUGAGGAAGGGAACAAAAAUGAACACUGAAUCUUAAAGUCACUGUCAGAGGGAAGAAAGAUGUUUUAAAAAAUCCCAACACAACCCAAGGUUAUAUAUUUUUUAUUUCUUAAAAAAUCAUCCUUGUGUUAGGGAAUGUUAAAACAGCAGCCAUUGUGAGAUGUUUAUUCCUGCGCUUCUGUAUUUCCUCGUUUUACGUGCCGGCACAUACACUGAGCAUGCUCAUGUUGAAGGUUCAGCGGUUUAUCUUCCGUGUUUCAUAGCAUUUGGCUCAGAGGCUUCCUAGAUUGUUGUGAUGAUAAAGCUAGAAAUCUGUAAUGUCAGGUCUGAUUUAUUUUCUAUUGUUUUCUUUCCUUUCUCUUCCUCAGUAUCUCCACAAUUUUUUUAAAAAGAAAUAGAUGUCUAAUUCUGAAAUUGUAUGAAACGAUUGAACAUAAAAUAUAUGUCAAGGUAAUUUUUAAGGCAUCUUUUACCACUAGGUUUGAAAAUAUAGCUGUGAAACAGAUUGAUGUUACAAAAGCAAAAGCCCUUCAAUAGAGAUUCUUCCCCAGAUUUUUAAAUCAGUAAUUCAAGGUGGGGAGGAUGGCAUUUGUUAUAUCAUGGUGUGUGUUCAGAUGUAUCUAUCAAAGAAACAUAUGACUCUAAAUCAGAAAUUGCACACAAUUAUAUUCUACUCUGUUUUUAAUUGUAACUUUCCUGCAUCACGAGAGCCAUCUCUGAAAGUUCCUCUUUAGUCAGUCUGGUUUUCAUAGCUACGUAGCCAAAUGGGUGCAAUCUGUUUAGAAGUCACCACCUUGAUGUGUAAAUUAGCUAGAUUUAUCUAGUUCAACACUAAAGGCUAUAACAAUAUAUUUCAUUUUGCUUUCCUUUAUUUAGAGCUGCUUCAUCAGAAAGCACUGCAGCCCUUUCAUGGUGCCUUGGAGGCCAAAUUGUGUAGUGGAUGGGUUUUUUAAAAGAAUACAUGCAGAAGAAUAGUGUCAUUCCAGUUUUCUGCUGGCUAAAUUACCAAUUGAACUAUCUAUUGGCUUUUUCCUUCACAAAUUAGGCCCAACACAGAUUUUAAAGGCACCUGCCAAUGUGAUGGCUGGGUUACAGAAAGCACAAAGGAGCCCUUUAUAAGGAGAAGUACAGUCCCUAUGCGCAUGGCUCACUUGUUAAUGCACAGUCACCUGUGUUUCUUAUAAACAUUCAAUUUUGUAAUUGGGAGCUUCCCCUUUGCCUCUUCUCAUUCUAGUUGUUUCUGAUCUGCUGCUCUCUUUUCUAAUGUGCCAGCUCCUUAUGUCCCAAGGCAUGGCUUGCCAAAUAGCUCCUUCUCUUCCAGCUCAGUUCAGCUCCCAAAGAUUUACUCCACUGUUGUGGCUCUCAGAGUGGGAGACAAAAAGCCAUGUUGGUAACAGAUGAAAAUCUUUAAUGCAGCUUGCCAUGGAACUGUCAGGCUAUGCACAAAUGGGAUAAAAGCAUCUUAAACGUGUAUAGAAAUGUCAAGUCACUUAAUGUUGCAGGAUUUGCACUGGAUACCAAAGACUGGGACAGGGAAGCUGAAAUGUAGUCACGGCGAAAGAAACUGGAUAUGUUCUCCACUUUAUCCCUCCUGAUGUUAAAGUGAAAAGGUCUCCAUCCAGAGUUGGAAGCACAGUUUGCACAAGUAGAUCGGGCUGGUUCCGAGCAGGUGGUGAGACAGAAGUCUGACCCAGACAGCAUUACAAAUUGUCCAAAUAUAAGGCCAGGUACUCACUUUUCAUUCUCUGCAGCACAGAGAUCUUGGAGGACAAUCCUUAAUUAUUUUAACUGGCAGAAGAAUUGGGGGUGGGGAAUACUAUUGUUUUAUGGGAGUUGUCCUGUGAAAUGUUCUCUUAUUUAAGCUAAGGCGCUUAAAAAGGUUACUUUGGAUUUCAGAGAAUUUGUGUUUCCCUGUGCCCUCUUAAGAAUUAUUAAAUUUAUGCAGUGAUCUCUUAACUUCUUUAUUUCUCUCAUGUACACACAAACAAGCAUUACAUUUUCAAGUCUCAAGGGCUUUAGAGCAGUGCAGACUAGUACCAAAGACACAAAAAAAGGGAAAGCUUACUGUUUUAAAAGGAAAUGCUGUUUGCUCUUCCUCUAUCCAGAAUAUGUGUUUCAGUAACUCCAUCACAGAUAUAUUACUGUUUUUUCCACUACCAUAUAUGAUUAAUGCAACCCAUGCCUAAAAUUUGACAAUGUAACACCCUCUUUUGAAUCCCAAAAUGACUGUGACAUUUGUCAAACUACUAAACGUUGCAAAAUUAUUGAUUCUUCUGAACAUGCCAGGAGCAUAUACUUAUUGCCACAAUCUUGACCGUGUUUCAACACAGCUCGCAAAGUAAGCCAUACAGUGUUUCUAAGACCUUUUUUAUUUUAAUUCUUUCUCCUCUUCUAAAGGUUGGGAACAAAAACAAUCCACCAAACAUUAUUCUCAUGCAGACCUCUUUAAUGUGAAUCAAAAUUGUACCAUAUAAAUGCUUGCUGGAUUGCAUGUGCCGUUGUUGUUUUUUUCUCAUUUGUCCCAUGUUAAAUAGCAGUUCAUCUUUACCCUUCCAUACCCCAUGAUGUGGCAACCAUUUUUCAGUUUCCUUCAGAGUGGGAUUGCACCAUGGAUUGCUUGCAUGCCAUUUGUAUGCAGGGGACCUGUAUUUCUAGCUGUCAGAUUCCAGAAAAAGAGAAUUUGAGGCCAAAAUGAUAGUUGCUAGAACUGGCUGCGACAAGCCAGAACAAAUGAUUUAGUUUAUGCAAUUUGGUGAAAUACUUCUAGAAUUAAGCAUCAUCCAUCAACUUCCUUAUCUGUAUUUAUUAAUAAUACAAAUAAAUGACCAUUUUCUAUG